AAAAAAAGACUAGGGCUGUGUGUGUUAGUAAAGACCAGAAGCUCCAAUUAGGGAAGAAGAAGAAGAAGAUGGCCAUGGAUGGCAGCAAUGCAGCAGCAGCAGCGGAGGAAUUGGCCGUGGGUUGCUUCGUCUCCAUCAAGACCACCUUGGGCGACGACUUCCAGGGCCAGGUCAUCACCUUCGACCGCCCCUCCAACAUCCUCAUCCUUCAAGAGGGUUUGAAAGGAGGGCCUAAGCGGAACAUCAGGCUACUCAAGGCCAACUAUAUCAAGGAGUUGAGCUAUUUGGGUCAAGCUGAAGACCCACUUGACAUUAAGAACUGUUACCUUGAUCUUAAUAGUCUCAGAGCCAGAGAGGAAUCAGCUAUCAGACAAGCAGAGGCAGAGUGUGAGAGGAUCGGGGUCGGUGUCACCAGCCAGGCUCAGAACAUUUUCGAUGCCUUGUCUAAGACGCUUCCAGUACGCUGGGACAAGACUGUCAUAGUUGUGAUGAAUGAGGUUCGUGUGAGCAGUCCAUAUCUCCCCGAGUCUGUCAGUGGAGGAACUCCUGCUGCCAAUGAUCGGGUGAAGAAAGUGCUUGAGUUGGAGAGGAGGAGGUUGCAAACUCGUGGUGGUGGUCAGUGAGGGUAAUGGUUUCACAUCUGCAUCUGAUUGCCUGAUAGGAAAAGACUUUUCCCUCAAGGGAUAAGUCAUUGUGGGUAUGUUUGUAUACUCGGCCUUCUCUGAGGGGAGCAUUAUUUUUUUUUUUAAGACAUUGGAAGGCCUGAAUCAAUCUAACAGAAGCAUAUCACUUGAUCUGUAGCUAUUCUGCUAUUCUUGCUAGUGCAGUUCAUUUCAUAUUUGUUGUGUUCUAUUAAGUGUUUAGAGAUUGAAUUUGACACCAUUAUGGUCAUACCCGUUGAAUAUUUGGAAUAGUGCUAUUUUGCUGUGCAUUUACCCGUUGAA